UCAAUUGUUUAUAUUAUUUAAUUGUAAAAAUGUUGAGAGAAUUUGAUUAAACUAAAUAAUUGGCAAAUGUUUUUAAAAAGUUAAUUUUAUAGCAAAAAUGCUUUCAAAUUCUGGUAUUGCGAAGACAAAAGUGUGUUUAGUUUGUGGCGAUAAAUCAAUCGGUCGUAAUUUUGGAGCUCUCACUUGUGAAUCGUGUAAAGCAUUUUUUAGGCGAAAUGCACAUAAAUUAAAGGAAUAUGAGUGCCAUUUUAAAGGGGAAUGUCGUAUAAAUUUAUCCACACGAAGAUUCUGUAGGACGUGUCGACUGAAAAAAUGUUUUAUUAUCGGUAUGAAAGAGGAAUGGAUUCUUAAUGACACCGAAAGAGAGACGCGAAGAAAUAAAAUUAAAACCAAAAGACAAAAGAGAUUACAAAAUGUGAAAAACAAUAUUAACAGCGAAACCAAUAAAGCAAUUAUUGAAUGCAAUACUAAUGUCUUGGAUAUCGACAAAAUUUUUGAUACAAAUUCUCAAAAUGAUAUUAUAAAUAGUGAUAUUUUACACUUAAAUGGAUCAUUGAGUUAUACAAAUGAUGAAUCAAAUAUUAGUAUUUUUGAAAAUACCUCAUGUGUUGACUUAAUUAUAUCAAAUAGUAAUUCAAAUUAUGAUCAAAUAACAGAAGACUUGCAAUUAAGUGAUAGAAAUUUUACAGAUAUUGAUAUUUCAAAUAUUAUAACCAAAGAUAAUGAUAAUGAAUGCAAUCAACAGAUAAUUGCUAUAAAUAAAUUCAUUUCUUAUACUAACAAUAGUUUUAAUGAAAUUGAAACCAAAAAAUUGAAUGAAUUGUUGAGCGCUACUAAUCAUAUGCAGAGACAGUUCAUACCGGUGUCGGUCUCCGAGACCACCGAUUUUCGCAAAGCUAUUGAUUUUCUUAAAUUCAUAGCUGAAUCACAUAUUAAAAAAUUGAUAAAAAUGUGUAAAAAUUUGAACUCAUUUAAGUUGCUCUGUGAAAGGGAUCAAUUAUCACUGAUUAAAUUUGGUGCAAUUGAAAUGAUUAAACUCAGAGGAAUCUUUUAUUAUGAUUUUAUUCACGAAUACUAUGCUAUAAAUGAGUUAACUGUUAUAAUACUAUUUAAUCCAAACCGUUAUAAUCUAAAACACAGAGAAUUUGUUAGUUUGGAACACAAAAUAUACAUUCAAUUACUCGAACGUUAUUUACAAAUCAAAUAUCAAUCAAAAUCUGAGGCUAAGAGACGGCUUACACUACUAGUGAAGACAUUUAAACCAAUUAAAGAAAUUUGUAAUUUUGAAGCCAAAAGGAUUGUCACCAAAUGGAUUCAUGGAUAUAGAAAUUAUCCAUUACUUUAUGAAGUGUGCAAUCAAUCAUUUAAUUAA